CAACGAUCAAGCCGCACUACUCCAACAACUCAGACAUGUCAGAUAAUACAGAGACAAACCGUUCGCACUGGAAUGAGGCGGCCUCAACCUACAACUCCAAAUUCUCCAAAACCAUCCAACAAAUCAUCAACGAAAUCCAGAAACGAAAGGACUGGAUCGGCGUAGAUUGGGUCGAGGACAAUUCCGACGAUGAAGAUGAAUUUUCUCCUUCCAAGAAACCAGUCAGACUGUUAGACUAUGCCUGUGGAACUGGCCUCGUGUCACGUGGUCUUGCACCAUAUGUCACGCAAUGCGUAGGUAUUGACAUCUCAGAAGGAAUGGUGAACGAGUACAACGCUUCAGUUCAAAACCAAGGCAUACCAACUUCUGAAAUGUACGCCAUGCUUGGGAAUCUCCUUGAUGCCUCGAACCCCAACCCUACAACGCUGUCUGGGCCCGAGUUCUAUGAUUUCGAUAUCGCCGUCGUGGGACUGGGAUUCCAUCAUUUUGACGACCCGGCUCUAGCGGCGAAGAGACUGGCCGAGAGGCUAAAGAAAGGAGGGGUGUUUAUGAUUGUUGAUUUUAUGCCUCACGCACAUUUCCAUGGUCAUGAUGGCCAUGACCACCCGGCUAAGAAGACGGUCACACAUAUGGGGUUCUCAGAUGAAGAGGUGAAGAAGGUAUUUGAGGGAGCAGGUGUAGGUGGAGGUUUUGAAUAUGUGGUUCUUGGGAAGGGAGUCGUGUUUGAGGAUAAGGAGAAAGGGACCAAGAUGGAGAGGAGUGUGUUUAUGGCGAGGGGGAGUAAGUUGUAAGUAUCUGUUGGUAAUGGCGCCAUUCAGUUAAUAACUACAAAAGUGCUUGAGUCGGGGACUUUGAAUUUCUACUUUUGAAUUUAGUUACAUAGCGUGGAUAAAUGCUUAUCAGAUCUAAUUUAAGUGGGCGAGAUAGAUCGUCUCUGCGAAUGCGAUUAUCUCAUGCUCCCCAGCGGCGCAGGCAACGAGCCCCCG